ACCGGAGCCCGGCGACUGCCGGUUCGGCCGCGGCGCUCUGGCCCGCGAAGGAGGUGCCGGUUAGGUCCCGCCUCUCGCAGGCGCGGCGGUGAUUGGUCAGUCCUGUGCAGCUCGCGAUUGGCUGUGCGGAGAGGGCUGAGCUCCAAGUGGAGCCCGAGCCUCUGGACCCCAAGAGCCGGUGACCGGCGAGGGAGCGCGGAGGCCCUGGCUGGGCAGCGGAGGGACUAUGGAACUUCAGCAGCCCUGUAGGUUUGGAAGGUUUAAAUACCAGUUUGUGAAGACUUUUUGCCACUCCAGAUGAUCUGCUGGAUUAAACGUGUAAUUAGGAUGGUUUUUGCACAAGUUGGACUAAACAUGGAAUCAGUGCUCUGGUCAGGAAAGCCUUAUGGUUCAUCUCGAAGUAUUGUAAGGAAAAUUGGUACUAAUCUCUCUCUUAUCCAGUGCCCAAGAGUUCAGUUUCAGGUUACCUCUCACUCUACAGAAAGAAACCACUCUAAACAGCUUAGAGAAGACACGGUAGCCUCUUUUGCAGAUGUGAGAUGGGUUGCGCAAGAAGAAGGUGAAGUCUCUACAAGGCUCAGAUCAGAAGUCUGGUCAAAAUCGGCUCUACCUCUUCCACAUGAACCAUAUUGCUCUGGAAGAACCACAAGUAGACAAGUAUCCUUACCAAACCUAUUACAAGAAGAGCCAGCCCCCAAGGGUGUGGUGACCAAGAAUGAUGAAGCUCUGCAGAAGAUUAAUGCUCUCGAAAAUGAACUUGCCAGUUUAAGGGCACAAAUAGCCAAAAUUGUAAUCUUGCAAGAACAGCAGAAUCUGCCAGCAGCUGGAUUAAGUCCUACUGCAUCAGCUCCUGCACCACCACCACCUCCUCCUCCACCACCGCCUCUUCCACCUUCUGGGGUACAUCGGAGUAUGUCUGCUAUUGAUCUCAUUAAAGAGCGAAAAGGCAAGAAAAUAAACGCGGGACAGACUUUGAUAGAUAAUGGUCCAAAGAAGCCUGAAUUACCAAACAUGCUAGAGAUCCUCAAAGACAUGAACAGUGUCAAACUGCGUGCAGUGAAAAGACCAGCAGAAGGCACAAAAUGCAAAUCACCUGACCCGACUGAUCCUACAGCACUAAUAGCUGAAGCUCUCAAAAAGAAAUUUGCUUAUCGAUACAGAAGUGAUAACCAAAGUGAAACGGAAAAACAGAUUCCAGAGUCUGAAACAAAGCUGUUUGGACCACACAUGCUGAAGCCUACUGGAAAAAUGAAGACUUUAAUUGAAAAAUCUUAACUACUUUUAUAUCACUACAAGAGACUAUUCAGCUGCUUUAAUUAGAAAUCAGUGUUAUGUAGUGUCUCUUGGUAUUUAGUGCCCUGCUACAAAACAAACCAAAAAAAAAAAUUAUAAAAACGUAGUGCCUUUGUUUUACAUUUUGAAGUCUAGAGGUACUUGUCCUUAUGUGACUUUUAACUAGAGGGUUGAGUUGACCGACAGUACAAGUUUUUAAACCUAUAAAGUAAACUUUAAAAUCUAGCUUUCAAUACCUAAAAUACUAAGACUUUUCUGUGGUGGUUUUAUUUUAACACUAAUUUUAUCUGUACAAAUGUUUUUAUAUACAUGACUGACAGUCUUCAGACAGUUUGUGUAAAUGAUAAUAAUGGGAAUGAAGUACUGUCAGUCAUUUUAUCUUUCAUAUAAUAGCUGAUGUAACAAGUUCCUUGCACUGCAGAAUUUAGUUUGAGACUAGCAACUUCUGUUCCAAAUGAGAUCUCAUUAGUUUAACACAGCUUUUGCUGUUUUUAGCCUAAAAAGCAUAAACUGCUCCUGCCAGGGUAUCAAACUGUUAAGUUAAUAAUGAAGGAGAAACAGAUAAUCUCUGAUAAGCUUCAUUGAUUUUGUUACAAAGCUGAGUGAUAUGGAAUAGAGCAUUUCAAAAAUAGCAAGAUUUCUCAAAUGAGACUGCCCUUCUCUCAAUGCAGAAUGUUCCAUUUUUUUCCUCCAAUACAUAUAGUGCCUUUAAAGGUGAACUUGAUUUUGAGCAACUGGCCACAGCUAGCUUCAGGUUCAGUCCUCUGUCAAAAGGUAGACCAAUGUGUGUGAAAUAGGGUAGAAUAGCAGUGUAGAUUAAAAUACUUUAGACAGAAUGUCAGGGUAUGUGUCUGAGUGAGCAAAUGUGGAAGUCUGGGAAGUUAAGGUAGUAGAGAUGAGAAGAAAUGGAGUGCUUAUAAAAUGAACUGUAGGGUGUUUGUCAGUAAAAUCUUACUGCUUUCAGAGGCCCUGAUCUCUGUUGCAGCUGGGAAGUGCUUGACACACAGGAGAGAUGUUUUUACCCUCUACACAGUUAAUGGGGAGGUCUUGUGCUGGGUUAGUCCCUUAGGGUAAAGCAGAAGAGACUGAAGGCUACCCUUAUUUGUGAUAACUGCCCAUGGCCCCAAGAUAAUAUUUCAGCAGUCAGGGAUAUCUUGACUACAAUCUCUGCACUAGUUCCAGGAAAGCAUUGGUGUAGGAGAUCCUAGACAGGCUGGGUCACCUGAGGACCACUUGGUGAAAUCCUCUAGGCACCUGCUGUAUGGCAGCUUUGUCCUCCUGAUCAGCACCGAGCUGGAUCAUCAGGGGAAAACCAUCUGAGUCUCUUUGUACACAAAUGCAAUCCAGUUUUCUCAAGUAUCGAAAAAUUGGGUAGAAAACAUUCUGGCAUUCACAGGACUAACAAGCAGGAACACAACAGACCUAGCUUGGCUACAUAUCAAGUAAACUGACAGCAAGUUUCUUUUGAAUGUGGAUAAAUACAGGUAGAGAAGGUGAGUCAGCAAUCUUGUUCUAAAGGAACAGUUGGCUACUGGAGUUGUGAUGUGAGUGCUUGUUCUUGAAACUUUUUUUUUCCUCCUCUCCCACCCAAAUACUGGAAAAGUGCAGCAUUUUCCAUCCACCUACAUGCUAGUCAGUAUUAACAAAUUGAGAUUUAAAUAUUAUGAUCAACAAGGGCUUUAUUUCUGAUGUAAUACUUGAAAGUGUAUUUACAAAGCUGUUAAGUUUAAAAAAAUUGAUAAAUGUUUUAAUUAAAAAUUCCUUACUUUG